CUUUGCGGCUGCGUGCUAGUGCGAAGGUUCACGGUGCAAAAAUAUUCUAGGCCGGGGUAUUGCUUACCGGAAGCAACCGGGGAAAAGAAGGAGGGAGAGGAGCGGAGGAAAUAUGAAGGCCCAGUAACCGGAGUGUGGCACUGCUCUUCGGAUUCAAGCAUUAGGCUGUAAUAGUUGGGCCUGCUCGGUCAUUCAUCGCUGGACCCUCAGUCACUAAUACGGGAAAAUGCCAGCAUUUAAGUUAACAACACAGGCUUUCUGCAAAAUGAUGCUUCAUAGCGCAAAAUACCCAUACUGUACUGUCAAUGGCAUUUUGGUGGCUCAGAAGCAAAAGCGCAAAGAUGGUCAUCAGCAAGUCCUGUUUGUAGACUGUAUCCCACUCUUUCACGGCACUGUUGCUUUGGCACCUGUACUGGAAGUUGCAUUAACACUGAUAGAUACCUGGUGCAAAGAGAAUGACUAUGUGAUUGCUGGAUAUUACCAAGCAAAUGAACGUCUAAAAGACACCAGUCCAAACCAAGUGGCUGAAAGAAUAGCGUCACGGAUAGCUGAAGGCUUUAAUGAUGCCGCUUUAAUAAUGGUAGACAACAGUAAGUUCUCCAUGGAAUGUAUAAGUCCUUCCUUUCAUGUGUAUGAGCACCAUGAUAACAGGUGGAAAAGCAGAGACCCACAUGAGGAUUUAUUUGAAGACUGGCCAGAAGCUCAGAAAAUUACUGCAUCGCUCCUAGACAGCAGGUCAUAUGAAACUCUUGUGGAUUUUGAUAGUCAUCUUGAUGAUCUGCGGAAUGACUGGGCCAACCCAGAUAUCAACAAGUCCAUUCUUCAUCUAUGCUAAGAUAAUAGAGAUUUCUGGUGUGGUCCAUGCUAUGCAAGAUGACCUCUGAAUGUAGAAUCUGUUGUUAAGCAACAUCUCUACCUAGGUGUGAAGAGGCAUAAGGAAGCUGGAAAAGUUCUCAAGCUGUUGGCCUUCCCCACUAAGAAGCCAAUGCUGUUUUUCUUCAUGCCACAGAGAAUAAUGAACUAGCCAGCAAAGUCUGAAAAUGUUUGACCUUUUCAAUGAAGGUUUUGUGUGCCGUUUUUCUACAAACCCAAGAGGAUCAUUUCUAAUUCUAUCAAUUUUCUCAAACCACAUCAAAGAAAGUGGAUUUAACACAGACUUCAAUAUGUUCAGUUGUAAUUUUUAACUCUUAUAAUAUGGAGGCUUAAACAAUGCAUUUUUAAGAAACUGGCUAUGCUAAGACAUGGAUGCCCUAAAUGUUCUAACAAAGCAUUUAAUUUGUUGCUACAUACACCGUAAAGAUUACCUUGAUUGUUGUGGAAUUUGCACCAGAUGAUUAGAUCCCUCAACCCAUGUGUUUUGUUUUGUUUUUUUUAAAUUUUUUAGAACUACAUGAAUUAGCUUAAUUCAUUUAACAAGAUCCUAGUUGUCAUAGACUUAAAGGAUUUUGUUGCUUCCCAUCAGUAUAAUACACUAGUUUUAGUGUGUUUCUCAGAUGUUUGCAAAUAGCUCACUUGGCUGACCAUUAUGUUUUUUAUGUUACAAAUUAUUUUACAAAAUUUACGCAUAUCCAACCUCAGUUCACCUUUUUUUUUUUAAUAAACCUUUUUUCAAUAAUCAAAGUGAUUUAUUUUUCCUUAAUCUGAAAGGCAUACCCCAUAUUUUGUUUUGAUUAUUGUAUCUCCAAAUAAUUUAAAGUCUAAAAUAAAAUUCACUUGAAGUAAA